AUGUCUACUGAUUGGGACUCCAAGGUUGUUAUCGGCAGCAAGGCGCGCGCGCCGAAGGUCACAAAGACCAACUCUGACAUCAACGCUGUAUGUGGCGCUGUCGUCGCCACUGAGAAGAAGAUCGCCGUCGGAAACAAGGUGGCGGGCACCGACCACCAGAAGAUCGCCAAACUCGAUCGCGAGAACGAGGUCGCGCCGCCGCCAAAGGUCUCUGCGGACGUUGGUCGUGCUAUGAUGGCAGCACGGAUGGAGCUCAAGCUCACGCAGAAAGACGUUGCUCAGAAGGUCAACGAGAAGCCGUCUGUUAUCCAGGACUUUGAGUCCGGGAGGGCAACACCAAACCCGCAGAUCCUCGGCAAGCUCGAGCGUGUCCUCGGCGUGAAGCUCCGCGGCACUGGUAUUGGGACCAAGCUUGGGGGGCCGAAGAAGGCGUGA